AUGGGUUCCGCGCGCCGGGCGCUGUCCGUGGUACCAGCUUUUCUGCUGAUUCUAGUGCUGCCUGUCUGGGCACAGAAUGACACGGAACCGAUCGUUCUGGAGGGCAAGUGUCUGGUGGUGUGCGACUCGAACCCAGCUACAGACUCCAAGGGAUCAUCAUCUUCCCCCCUGGGGAUAUCGGUCCGGGCAGCAAACUCCAAGGUGGCCUUUUCGGCGGUUCGGAGCACCAACCACGAGCCAUCUGAGAUGAGCAACAAGACUCGCAUCAUUUACUUCGAUCAGAUCCUGGUUAACGUGGGUAAUUUUUUCACAUUGGAAUCUGUCUUUGUGGCACCGAGGAAAGGCAUCUAUAGUUUCAGUUUUCACGUAAUUAAAGUCUACCAGAGUCAAACCAUCCAGGUUAACUUGAUGUUAAAUGGAAAACCUGUCAUCUCUGCAUUUGCUGGCGAUAAAGAUGUGACGCGCGAAGCCGCCACUAACGGAGUGCUACUGUACCUGGACAAAGAGGAUAAGGUCUACCUAAAGCUGGAGAAAGGUAACUUGCUCGGCGGCUGGCAGUAUUCCACAUUUUCUGGCUUUCUGGUGUUUCCUCUAUAG